GGUUGACGGUCGGAAUUGUUUCGCUGAUGCUCGGUAACAAGUUGGUGUGGUUUACCGACGUCUGGAUGAAGAUUGAUUUGUUAACGAUAUUGAACUCUGUUUAGACAUCGAGGACAUGGCGACUCUGAGCUACACAGCCUCUGUUCUCUGUCUGAGGGCGUCUGCGACGAAAAUACCUUUCAGGUGUCUGAGUACCGUUGCCAACCCACAACCCAAAGUUGACUUCCUGAAAGGAGAACCCCACAAGAGACAUCCAGGUUUGUCCCACCUGAACACYCUGAGACUACCUGAGGAGCUCCAGGAGGCUGCAAAGCUCAUUAUUAAAUCCGCUUCUUUACCUAAGCUUACAGAACUCAGUCAAAAACUCACAAACUUCCUGUGGAGUCGGAAGCGGCAGACUGAGGACGUGGUGCUGAGGAAGAAAGCUCUGAGCCUGGAGAAGGAGCUGUGGGAGAAGGCCAUGCAGAAAGUAGAAGAUAUCGAUGAGGAAACGUUAAAUGAGCGCAUCAGGACGAAGGUUCUGACCGAACUGAAAAGAACAACGUAUCACUGGACUCCUCUAAACUUUGAUGAGACGCUGGCAGUGGUCUACAUGGCUGCUCGGCUCGCUGCAGGCUACGCAGCGGUGAUGAGAGCGCUACAUGAGAUAAAGAAGAGGGACCCCUCCUUCUCUCCUCAGUUCCUUCUGGAUUUUGGUUCAGGAUUGGGAACGGUCGCCUGGGCAGCACACUCGUACUGGGGCGACUCGUUAAAGGAGUUCAUUUGCGUGGACAGCUCUGGGCCGAUGAACRUUUUGGCGGAACGACUUCUCAAAGGUGACAACGAAAAUGCUGAACCUCACAUCAAACAAGUUUAUUUCAGACAGUUUCUUCCUGUCUCUCCUAAGGUCAAGUUUGAUUUGGUGACGGCGGCGUUCACCCUGUCGGAGCUGCCCAGCGCUCAAGAUCGAGAAGAAGCCGUGAUGACUCUGUGGAGAAAGACCAACUCCUAUCUGGUUUUAGUAGAAAAUGGAACCAAAGAGGGCCAUCAGAUGCUUAUGGCUGCCAGAAACACUUUACUGACGAAACAAGAAAAGGUUGUUCACGACCCCAGACCAGCGUCCGUGUUCGCUCCGUGUCCUCAUGAAGUGACGUGUCCCAAACUGACCCGGCAGCGCGUCACUCCCUGCAACUUCCUGCAGCGCUACCAUCCUCUUCCUCUGUCGGGGCACGGGGACUGUCAGACGGAGAAGUUCAGCUACCUGAUUCUGAGCCGAAGCAAGCGGGUGGAGACAGAACCAGAGGGUGUGGACUGGGCUCGGCUGAUCGGACCGGUGUUGUGCAGAACGCGACACGUCCAUUGCAACAUGUGCUGCUCCGACGGCAGCCAGCAGCACCUGGUGGUGACGCCACGAAAACACGGCAGAGACGUGUAUCGCUGCGCUCGGAAAAGCAACUGGGGAGACCGCCUGCCGGUGGUCCAGAAAGUCGAAGAAGACGAAGUCGAAGAAGACGAAGUCAAAGAAGACGAAGUCGAAGAAGACGAAGUCGAAGAAGAAUCAGAGUGAAGAUUCACCUAAAAUCAAACAACUUGUUUCUUUGUAUAAUUGUUACCUUCAAUAAAUCUUUGAUCUGUUUGUAUAACCAAA